CGCAAUCGCUGUACACACAGCUGAUCGUGACGUCACUCGGCAACAUGGCGGACUGGAAUAGAGGACAUGACUCUGUAAAUGACAUGCUGGAUGCUGAAAACAAACGGAUAGCAGAGAACUUGGCCACCAAAGUCUCCCGACUGAAAUCUCUUGCGUUUGACAUUGACAGAGAGGUGGAUGAUCAGAAUGACUAUCUGGACGGCAUGGACUCAAACUUCAUGAGUGCGACCGGCCUACUGAGCGGCAGCGUGAAGCGUUUCUCCACCAUGGUCCGAUCCGGCAGGGAAAACCGCCGCAUCCUCUGCUAUGUCUCUGUGGGCAUGGUCCUGGUCUUCUUCCUGCUCUACUACAUGAUCUCCAGGAUUCAAAGCUGACAGAGAAACCAAAAGGGCUAGAAGCUGGUCCUGAUGCCGAGCUGAGACUGUAGACUCUUGAUUCAAUCAUCUGUUGUCAGGAGAAGACUUAUUCUGGAGUGAGAACACAAACUCGAAGAAGACAGAAAACAUGUUGAAUCCUUGAACUGACCAGCAGGGGAUGUCUGGAAGCUCAACAGGGACACUGUAAUGAGAUUUGUCUUACCAAAGAUGCUGGUAGAAACAAGUUGCUUUCCCUUCCUUCUACUAACAGGAUUUAAUGUGUGCAAAAAGAAGGUGGAGCUCGACUGAUGCUGAGGUUGGAAUGACGCUAACCAGAUGAUGUUAAUGGACCGUCAAACCUCUGUCAUGAAAAACCUGCCCCACAAAAUGUGAUGCAUCACAGAGGCCAGGGUGCAAAUCCUCUUUCCUUCAAGGGGGAUUGAUUUUAGGAAAUCUAGACAUUAAAUCAAAUAUACAAAAAUUUAAUUCCAUUUUUGCAAAUCAGAUCCAAGCCACGUUUGCAGGUGGUAUGAAAUACAAAUUUCAUUGGAUUUCUAAAGAUGCAUCUCAGUCUGGAGGCUCAAAUUAGAUUUCAAAGUCUCUUUUGCAUCUGUCACAACACGCAACAAUAACAUCACUAUAAACCCAAACUGUUCACUUACAGGUGACAUUGCAGAAAGUCAGUCGGAAAAAGCCUGAACGGAGAAAUGAAUCAGAUUUUCCUGCAGUCUGAACAAAGCCAGAGUAGCUGUGAACUACUUCCAGACUAAAAAAAAAAAACAAUGUCAGCAGGAUUUUGAGAUUUGAAAAAAUUAGUAAUAUAGAAUUAAACACACAUAUGCUGUCAUCUCAUAUCAUUUCACAAAGGAAAUAGAGGAUCAAUACAAAAGUGAAAAGAUGUCAUUGAAUCGUUUUUAAACCUUUUGAUAUUACUAAAGGAAGAUCAAUGCAAAGAAAAGGAUUACAUUGUGAUUAACAGGGCUAUAGAAGAAUACUCAAACUUUAAACUUCAACAUGUUAAAAUAUUAUUUGAAUCCUUUAAACAUCAGUUAAAUUCCCCUUUAAUGUUACAGCACAUAAAGCUCAGUUUGUGUUUGAGGGUUCAACCCGUUUACUUCUAACAUUCAUUGAAAAAUGUUGACACCUGUUCUGUUCAUAAUUUACAGAAAUGUUUCAUACCAUUAUUACAUUUUGGCUUUAUCCUUUCUAUAUGUGUUUACAUUCCAGGUGUCUUUCUGUUAACUCUCUACAGACUAUAUUUGGUAUAUUAAUGUAUCUAUAAAUAAAAUGAAGGGUUUUCAGUGGGGUACAUGUUGAAGGUGAUUGGGAUUGUUUUGGGAAUUAUUUGAUGUAUGCAUAAGAAUAAUUUAUGGCUUGAAUUUAUCAAAACUUUAAGAAAGGAGUAUAUUUUUAUUUUCAUAAUAAUAGUUUAACUGAAAAAAUAAGAUUUUUUUUUGAUAAAUAAAUGAAAAUAAAUAAUUCAAUUAAAAAAAA